AUGUUGGUUGCUAAGCCGUGUGUCCCGUGCUCUGCCCGAUGUGAUGUGCUCGGCUGCGACCCUGAUUGUGACGCUGAUGAGACGUACGUACACCAGGUCUUCCUCACGGGGCUGGACCUGUCUCCUGUACAGGACACCAACACUUCUGUACAGGUCGUACAGGACUCCAACACUUCUGUACAGGCUGUACAGGACUCCAACACUACCGUACAGGCCGCACAGAACACCAACACAUCUAUACAGGCUGUGUACUACCUCACUGUUAGGGCAGUGGCCGGCUCUUGCAGAGCGGCCAUCGCGUCAUCCAAUGGGAUCUACAUAGACGUGACGUCACCGGUCAUAGAGAACCUGUUCCACGUUGAUCUGCCCUGGUCACGUGACGAGCCCACCCGCUACCAGGGAGACAACAGCUCCAUCGCUGUGUACUGGGAGGGUUACGACAAGGAGAGCGAGGUAGUGGAGUGCCAAUGGGCAAUAGGUACAAUCCCUGGAGAAACGGACAUCCAAAACUUCACAUCAGUUGGUCCAGAUCAAAACUUAGUCUACAACGACGAGUUAGAGGGAAAACUCAGCAACAAGGGGACCUAUUACGUCACUGUGAGACUUGUCAAUGGUGCUGGUCUGGUCAGCGAGAGAACUACAAGUGGAGUGACGGUACUACUCGACCCACCGGACACCAGCAGCAGUAACAUUACCACACACUGUGAACAGGCAGUGGAGAAAAGUGCCACAUUGAGAGACAUAGACGUGGAUCUGUGUGGAGACCAGGACAAGAUUGACAUUGCCUGGGCAAGGGUGGAGGACGAUUCUAUUGAUAAUUAUGAGUUCAGUGUGGGAACCUCAGAGGACAGCUCCAGUGACGUCAUCCCCCAGACUCAGGUCGGGUAUAACGAGUCGGGCUGGGUGCAGGUGAACAAGGGCGAGAUGUCGUUUGGCAGGUCAAAGGUCAACAUUUCGGACCUGCGCAGUCGUGCAGAUGAGCCAACCGCCAAGACACACCGUACGUUCCAUGUGGAACCUGGCAGGUAA